UCUUUUAAUCUUGUUGAUUGUUUUUCUUUAAUUUUUCUCGUCUAAUUAUGUUCUCUUUCGAUUGAUUAAUCGCAAUUUGGAUUAGAUUUUAUUUUCUCUCUGUCAAUAUGUCUUCGUUAAUUGUGCGAAAUGUUCCACGUUUAAUCGCAACAUUAAAUAGAACAAAUCAAAUUAAUCGAUUCGCUCUUCUAAACUGUAGACUUGCUUCAUCUUCGGUUCCUUCUCGACAGAUUAAUUUACCCGAUUUUAAAAUUCCAGAUCCACCUUUGCCUCCGGAGCUUCUGCCCUUGGGCCCGAUAACAGCCAAGACUUUCAACUGUUCAUUAUGGUUUCCUACAGGUUGGAUUUGCACUAUGUUAUUAUAUUUAGAGAAUCAUGUGCCUUAUUAUGUCGCUAUUAUGACUGUUACACUUGUCGGUAGAAUAAUUUUAACUCCGGUUAUGAUCUUCUCACAGAAACAAUCGACAAAAAUGGCCUUGGCUAGUCCGAAACUCACAACAUUUAUGAAUAUGAAAAAAGAAGCUGAAGCAAGAGGUGAUAGAGAAGCAGCACUGAAAGCGACUUAUAAAUUGGCCGAAGUUUACAAGACAAACGAUUCAUUUAAAUUGAAGAAUAUGGUUAUCGCUCCUUUAUGUUCGAUUUCUGUGUUUGGAAGUUUUUUCAUAGCUUUAAGAGCAAUGGCCAAUAGUGGACACGAAGUUAUGAAAGAAGGUGGUUUCGGUCCGAUAUUUGAUUUAACUAUUCCCGAUCCAAGUUAUCUCAUCCCAACCUGGACAGCGGUAACAUUGUUUGGAAUAAUGAAAAUUGGAGUUGAAUAUGGUUCGAUUACAAACACAGCGAGUCAAAGUCCAGUUCAAGAUUUACUGAGAAAAGCUUCAUUAUUUGUUAUUCCUGGAGCAAUUUUUUACGCUUCCACCAAGAUGCCCGCCGCUGUUUGUUUAUAUUGGGCCACAAGUAAUACAAUAUCAAUCUGUCAAUCAGUAAUCAUGUUGAAUCCAAAGGUUCGUCGGGCACUCAAAAUACCUCCAACCGUAAAAAAGGAUAAAAGUGAAAAGAAGGGAGUUUGGGGCAUAAUUGUAAAUAGUGUCACCGACGUGAAAAAGGCUUGGACCACAAUGAUGCAAAAUCGAACGGCCAGAAAGAUAAACAAUGAAUACUUAAAUCAAUUUGAUCGUUCGGGAGUUGGACCUUUACAGAAAACCUAUGAUUAUGAUCCAACUAAAUCAAAACCUAAAUUGUAAACAGAUAAUAGUUUGUUCUAGUAAACCAGAAGGUUCAAAAAAACAAAUGUAAGUUAAUUCAAUUACUCAAUUAGAAAAUUGUUAAUAUUAUCA